AUGGAAAAUCACCUUACGAAAGGCGACACAGCCGAAACCGACUCGGAACUCCACCGUGAUAUUAUCUCCCAGUUCCCAAUCCUCAAUGCUUAUACGCAGUUGCUGUUUGGGUUCAAGCUGCCGGCCGACGUGGACCGCGAUGUCAUCGUCGCAUCCCUCCAGGACGGCUUUGAUAAACUCAAGGCGGAGAUCCCCUGGCUGGGGUGGCAGGUGGCCCGGGAGUUAGGGCCUGGCGGCAUCUUGAAGACGAUGCCGUGGCCCGCGGACGUGCCCGAGGAGCGCAUCCGCGUCAAAAACUGUGACGAUCUCAUCGCACCCAUGGCCAAGCUCGUCUCAGCCGGCGUGCCUAUCCACAUGUUGGACGGAUCGGUUCUGACGCCAUGGCCGGCGCUGCCACAACCUCGCGGCCUCGAGGGCCCUGACCCUGUCGUUGCCAUGCAGGCCAACUUUGUGCAGGGCGGCCUGAUCCUCAACCUUAGCACUCACCACACCAUUAUCGACGGCACCGGUAUCUACCAGUUUAUGAAUCUCCUGGCACUUGUCAUGAGCGGCAAAGAGAUUCCGGCCGCCGACUUGGAGCAGGCCAACCGCGACCGCAGCCGGGUGAUCACGCUCAUUCCGCGCACCGAGCCCGUCAAGAGCUAUAGCCACCUGCGGCGCCCACCCGGCUAUACCUGGGCGCCACCCCCAAGUCCACCGAUGUGGUGCAACUUCAAGAUUCCGGUCAAUGCUCUGGCUCGGCUGGUUAAGUCGGUCAAAGACGAUCCAUCUAGCAACAAGCCAGGCUCGCUGAUGGUCUCUGAGAACGAUAUCUUCUCCGCCUUUGCAUGGCAGCGCCUCUGCGCCGUGCGCGUGGCUAACGGACAGCCGCCGGAGCGCUCAUCCAAGCUCGGGCGCGCUAUCGACGGGCGCAUGGCGCUGGGCGUGCCGCUGACCUACAUGGGUCACAUGGUGUGCCACGCUCUGGUGCGGCUGCCAUUGGGCCAGGUGGCGAAGCUGCCACUGCCACAGAUUGCGCAAGUGCUGCGUCGUGAACUCAACCAGGCUAACACGCCAUGGUCCAUUCGCAGCUUUGCCACAUUCAUGGCUCGUGAGCCCGACACCUCGAGCCUACUGUACGGUGGCACCCACGACGCCCGGGCGGACCUUAUGGUGACCGCGGCUGGCCAGGCGACGCCGCUGCCGGCAUCCUGGGGCCCUCUCUUGGGCCGCUUGUGCUUCCUCCGCCGCCCAACAGCGGCGCCGAUUCCCGGCUGUUUUAUUAUCAACGAAGCCGAGGGCGCAUUCAUCCCUCUGACGUUGUGCAUGCCCGAGGAAGACAUCAACGGGCUAAAGAAGGACCCUGUAUGGAAGCAAUACGUAAGAUAUGUCGGCUAA